AUGGGAAAUUGCAUCAGAAAAGAAUCCUCAAUGGAAUGGGGUGGUGAAGAUUGGGGCUCUUUCGACUCCAAAACUCAAAGCAACUCGAUGAAUAAUUCUACAGAAGAGAAGAGCCCUUCCACAGAAACAGGAAGAGAAGUCAAAAUCAAAAUCUCCAAGAAGCAGUUAGAGGAGCUUUUGAGCAGCGAAAAUAUUCAAGGAUUACCAGUACAGCAGAUUCUAACACAGUUAAUGAACGUCAGUGAUGGAUUUGAGACUCAUCAACAGUCUUGGAAGCCUGCCCUUCAAAGUAUACCUGAAUGA